CGCCCACCUCUGGCUGGAGGCUCAGGGGGGUCUUGUCGUCGUCGCCGCCGCCGUCCUCUCUCCCCACAACAUCACCACAACAACACACCAGGCAAGACCACCCAUACCCAUACCACAGACCACAGCCUUGCUCGCCGCCACAAUGUUCUUCUUCAUGAUAUGAAUGCCUCGUCUCGACAAGACCCAGCCCAACCGACUCGCAACUGCCCACCGGCUCACCCUCCACGGACCAACCCGACCCUCCGCCUUCCUCACCUCUCUCAACCUCUCGACCCUCGAGCCUCUCGACUCUCUCGACCAACCCUCCCCACCGGCCCGACGCCCGACGCGUCCAGUCCCAGCUUAGGACACUACAGCAAGCAUCCUCGCUCAGGAUAUGGAUGAUCCCGACACAGCAUGGCCGUUCUGGAAAUUUGGGCUGAAGAAGGAUGACCUUGUCACGACGCUUCAGGACCAAUACAACACGAUUCCCUCGUCCAUCCAAGACCCCGAGGCCUUCCACCACGAUGUCUUUGAGCUUUCACACGCGGCCUCCUCCACAGCCGAGUUUCACAGCCUGAUGUCGGAACGGAAGCAGCAACGCCUGCGAGAGCUCAACGAUACCCUCCAGUCAGCGUCGUGCGAGAUCAUCGCCAACCCUUCGCUCAUCGGCACAGGCCAGUGGCAGCACGCCAUCCAGCUGUUCCGCACCCGAAGCCUCGACUCGCUCGUCCGCUACUUUGCGGCCUAUCUCCCCGAAAACCAUCCCUGGUACCAUUCGAACGAAUCGUCGUCGUCUUCCUCGACCGACUCUGACGGCGCCGACGUGGACUCUCUCAACCCUUCGGAACACAUGGACGACUAUGACAAGUUCGGCACGAUGCCAGAUGAGUCCUACAUGCAAAACUAUCCCCUCUCGCCGCGGUCCAUGACCACGUACUCCGCCAUCACAUCGCAGCACGACUUUGACCAGACCGAGUACUCCCUCGGACCCUCCUGCACCAUGUUGUUCUCAUCGUCACCAGAAGCCGACGAUGAGUUCUCCAUUCAAGAAUCGUGUCCUUCUCUCCUCCCAGACGACGCCUCAACCCAGAGCACCUCUGACGAAGAGGGCUCUGUUUCUAGCGAGUGCCGGGCUCGUCUCACUCGUCAAAAGCAGGUCGUCGACCGGGCUGAGAAGAUGACGAUUGUCGACUGGACGAAGAGCAAGGACGCCAUGUCCGAGCUGCCACUCGCUCCCAUGGGAGCAGACAAGACGCCCGGAUCAGACACGCCGACGCCAAAGAGUGAAGCUAUUCGCACGCGCGCCAGCUGUGGCGCCGGCUCCUUCUUCCCAGAGCUGCGGCCGUCGCGAUCUUUGUCCGCGACGCCACGUCUUCGCCACCGCGAUUCAGCCAUCGCAUGCCACCUGUUGGUUCAUGCCGCAGAUUUGGACUCGGAAUACUCCCCAUCGACAGUCUUGGCCGAGCGCCAACGAAGCAAGCAUCUUCCCAGACACUUCGUCCCCCCAUCACGCCUUCGUCGUCGAGAUCUCAGCCCGUCCGGAAACUGCAGGAGUCGUCCCCGCGGAUCGGCUUGUAGGGGCAGUAGUAACAAUAGUGGAAGCAGCAGGGUGCAGAAGUCCUCGGAAGAACCGCUGCGUUCAAAACCCAGGGGCAGGAAACGGGAGGAUUGCUAGCCAGAGGAGAGCGACAACGAUCAUGUCGAUGUCAUGCUCCCGUCGUCGCCGUCGUCGUUGCGCCGAUCGGGACGAUGGAGAAGGAUACUGUGGAGGAUUUUUUGCAGGUCACGGCUUGAGACGCCUGGCCUGCUGGGCGCGAACUGUUCGGAUCCAGCUGCCCGCUGUAAAUAUGUCUCAAUACCCGUCUAUAUUUUUCAAUCAGCGUUUUGUUUUUCUUUUGGAAUUUGCUCUUGUCGUUACGAACCCGU